AUCCAACAAUGAAAUCCCUAAUACAAAUAAUAGGACCCUCCAAAUGUAUGUACACACGCUUUGCAGUUGUAUAUCUUUACACUGAAUCAGAGUGUUGUUUAGGAGAUUUACAGACCCUGUGUUCUUUCUGGGAACCGAAGACCUGAGAAAAUGCAAGCAGCUUUGGGCAUUGCUACCCCGAUACCGAUCACACAUUCCAAGGCCUCUGUUCCAUGGGCUUCACAUGUGCGGGCGAGACCCUUUGCUUUGAGGCUGCCUAGGUCUUCAAUGGCUGGCGAGACUUCGACAGUCGACUACAGCUCCUCGACUUCAGUAUUUCCUGCAGAAGCGUGUGACACUGUUGGGGGAGAAGCCUGUGCAGCUGUCAUGUAUCCCGAAGUGAAGCCCAAAGCCCAAAGCACCACCAGCAAAGUGAAAACAGUCACAGAGGAAGUAGAGAGAGAAUAUCUCGAGUACAAUGAACCAAAGACUGUGUUCCCUAAUGAGGCGUGCGAUGACUUAGGAGGAGAAUUCUGCGAGGCCGAGUACCAGAAGGGAGUUUUCAAAGAGGAGGCCUCACCCAAGUGAGAGAAAAGGCAUGCUUGCUUCACUGCAUGUUGUAGCCUGUAAAUAUAACCAGAGAUGCAGAGAAGAAGGGCUUUUGUAUUAUUGCACGAAGUACUGUGAUUAAUCAGACAUGCUGCUUGCUUAAUAAUAAUUAUAGAGAUAAAUAUGUUCUAAGA